UUUCUUCAGCUCGCCUUGAAGGGUCAGCAAAACCAAAAAAAAAGAAAUGUUGCAAAACACACCUCAAAAAAGCCCUCAAAACCUUGACCCUUGCUCUUUGAUCUUGCGUGCUGCUUGGGUUGGUUUCGUGAUCCGUUAAGACUGCUGGCGCAGCGAAGGAGGAAAAACUUUCCGAACGACGAAAACUUUCGGACACAAAGAACGCAAGCCGUAGCCAGCAGGCAGCUCCCGGACAUUGGGAUAACUUUGUCUUACGAAGUUGUCCAGCUGCGUCCCGGGGGGUUGGCGGUAGUCGAAGGGACCACCCAGACAGGACAAGAGAAGUUCUAAAUCGUUUAAAAAGCCGGCAGCCUUCGUUGGCGGUCGUGUUGAAAUGAUGAAUCGAUGGCACACGCCACGCGUGCGGUGGCCAUGCGUGUGGAUGUGCAGCCGGAAACAGUCGCUGGAAGUGGAAAACUUUUCCCCUCCUGGAUUCAUGAUCGUUUUCUUUACCGAAAAUGUCUUUUUGUUCCCCUUGUUGAGUGAUUUUUUUAAGGCUUUAUCCCGAAUUUGAGCCGAUGAGCUUUACUGCCAGACAUUCCUGCACCAAAAAGGUACUCGGAAAGCUAUUCAAAUUUGAAAAAGCCAACCUGGUAUGUAGUAAAAAUGAAAAAUGGACGACCAGUUCCAUCAAGCAAGAUCCCCACGCCCCUAGAGAAAUAUCGGACACAGCAAAGGGACGACCCAUUCAACUGGUGGGGAUGAAUAUGUUUUUGGUCCUUCGAACCGGAUCAGAUUACUCGUUUGUUUUGCACAGCGCUUCGUUUCCCCAUUUCCAAUGCGCUGCUUUGGAGCGAAUGUUGGUGCGAAGGCAACAUGAUUAAUAUGGCGUUAUGUGUCUUGUGCCAGGGAGCUUUUGUGCUUGCUGGAUUGUUCUCCACCCGUACCUCAAACACAUUCAAAAUGCUGGCAGAUGUUCGGUUUGGUUGAAAAAUGCGUCCCAGCUGUGUACGAUGGCCAACCGUUUCGCGGCAACCGAAGGGCAAGGGAACAGAAUUCCACUCUCCUCGUCGGUGGGCUGCGUCGUCGGGUACCGUACAUUGUAAAUAAUAUGCAUCGAUAAACAACACGACCAUACUUGAAGCGGAAGUGGAGCAGUGUAAGAAACGCGUAAAACACAACAUCCCAUCAACCGUAUCGAUAACUAGUUAUGUAAAACUAACAAACAAAAAGGAAUGAAAUAUUAUUACUUGUAAAACUGUAACCGUGGGGGAAGAAGGUGAGGAGAAAGCACUCGAUGGAGAUACAACUCAUCCCCGCGGACAAGCAACACCGAGGGGACAUCUGGGGGUGGGAAAUUCAAAAACAAAUGUAUAUUUUAGAAACAAAAGGCAAAUCGAAAAGUGAUAAAACAGUUAUUUCCAAUGGGAAAAAGAAGACGGAAACGUACGAAGGCGGUAAAAGGGAAGAUGAUGUAGAGAGAAAGAGAGAGAGCGAGAGCACCUUUGGGGGAUCUCACAUUCUCUUCUCGAUCGCUUACUCCGUUACGUACGUUCCGGGACAGUUUCCGUUCUGAUUCCUUCCCUCUACUCUUACACAAGCUCCCUCUCUCUAUCUCUCACAAACUGUUACACAUACACAGCUCGAUUGUGUAGACACACUUUCGUGCAAUCAUUGCUCUUUAAUCGUUUGCGCUAGUUUGUGAGGCAAAACGUAUUUUCGUACAAAAACGCAAAGAAAGAGAGGCACAACUUUGUGAAAGAUAUCAUUGGGCUAGGAGUAAUACAUUUAAAUAAGCAAAAUUCUGAACUUUCGCGUUCGUUCGAACUGCAUUCGAUGGAAAAGAAUGAAUGAAAAGCUUGUAAAUAUUGUUGACCAAAAAAAAAACACAGAUAGGAAAUAACUGUUACAUGUACACUGUAUCGCAUAAGCAUAAGAUGCACCUAUAUUAACUCUUUCUGUGGCAAUAUUUCUCAUGUACGGGCGAUCGAAUGUGUGUGUGUGUUUGAGUGUGCCUGUUUGUUUGGAGAAUUGAGUGUGUACGUGCGGGAUUGUACGAGUACUUUAACUCUGCCUUGCAAUGAACGUACCCUACAUUUCGACGCUGUCGUCCCUCCCGCAGCUUAAAGUACGCUGGCACAAACAAAGCGAUAAAACCCCACUUUUAAACGAAAAGCAAUAGCUACACCACUCUAAACGCAAAAAGCGUUAACAGAGUCCUGUCGAUCCAGGAGAUCGACCCAACCAGCGUUAAAUUAAACAACAAAUCUAACUACCAAUGGGACCAACCGAACGCAGCAAACACAGCAACUGCGAAGCGGAGCAGCAACAACAACUUUGCAAAAGCUGAUAAAAGCUUGACCCAAAGCUUUCAAGCCGAAAAAACGAACCAAAGGCAGGAUGGAAAAGAUGGGACAUUUGCAUGUUUAUAACGGGAAAUGAAUUUGUUAUGAAGCUUCCCCAAGCUAACCGAUGGGCCUUGGCUCCUCCUUUGGCUCUUUGGCGGUACGAAAAAGUUGGCAAACCUCACCACAUCGGGUGGUACAGCACAGUGGAACCUCCUAGUGCUGGACGAGCAUGUUGAUGAUGAUGUCGGUGACGAUGGGGAAACUGAUUGUUGGAGACACUGGCCGAAAGAGUGUAUGGAUUGUUUUGUGGGGAUUCUGGUUUGUUUUUUUUCGUUCUCACCAUUCACCGAAGACUAACUAGAAAACAUGUUUGUGUGCUGAAACGUUAAUUUGCAUUUUAAUACGUUUCUACUGAAGUAUGCAACAAGCGGGAUAUGUGGCACGGUUACAGAGCAAGCUAUUGUUUUCUCUUGCGUACUUGUAGGAUCGGGUAAUGACAACUCAAUUGACUUGUUGUUAUCAUCAAACCAUCGCUUUCCCAUAACAAUGACAUUGAAUUUUAAUAGCUUUAUGUUAAAAUAAAACACAAGGCUAAUUUCAGGCUUGGUGCAAUACAUCUGUAACGCGGAUUGCAUACAUUUUGGCGUCUAAUUGUGUUUUGGAUGCAGGUGGGAAAUACCAUUUCCUGAUGUAUAUUACACUAUUAACUGACAUCUGAUCCACUUUCUUAUUAAAAAAAAACUACUAAAUAAGACCCUGUGACUCACGCCAGUCUUCUUUCUUCAUUUUUUGAACCCAAACCUCUACAUAAUGGUAGAAUAAUAUUCAACAAAUGUGUCCUUUCAGCUUCUACCAUUCGCCUACACCGUGGUUACACUUAUCCUGCUCUUCUCAUCACUUAACCCCCAACCCUCCUGCUCGAUCCUCACUAACCAAUCUUACCGUAAGUGGUACUUUCUCACCCUAUCAGCAAUCGCUCAAGCAUUCUCGUGCUACGUGACGCACUUGACUAUGCGUCACUUGCUGGUGACAGAGGUUUUUUUUUUUGCUGAUUUUCUCACUGUGUAGUUUUUGUCCGCACAACCGACGAGAAGGAACAAAAAAACGGAACCCACACACCUCCCCGUAUCGAUCCCUUAUCAUUGACACCACAACUUUUCCGCCAUCGAUAGCUGUCGUUCAUCGUUUUUCACCUCCUUAAUCAAAUUCCGAUGAGCCAGCCGAACCGGGCGAACUGGGUCGUCUUGGGGAUCCUGUUGCCGUUGUGCGUGUCGGUGUGUGUGUGUGCGUAUGUUUGUGUUGAUUUGCUAUACGGGCAAAACAUUUCCAAACACCGAAAUUUGUCUGUUGUGAAAGAAACAUGGCAACAAAAGUGUACUUUUCUGUUUCGAGGCACCGCACUCGACAGAACGCUCCACGUGUGCUGCGGAACCGUGGAGGGGAGGGGGAGGGGGAAGAGCAUUUGACAAACAUCGCCCGGGACGGUCGGCGUGAGGGCUGGCCGUAAAGUGUGGCAAACAUUUCUUCGCCCAACGCGACCCAUGGGGUGAAAAAAUUGGAAAACUUUUGGGGGAGCCAUUUCCACGUAAACCGUCCCACUCGUUGACCUAUUUCCGGCGGCCUGUUCCGUCCUGUUCGGUUCCCGGAGCCCGGGUUGAUCGCUAGAAGCCGCUUAAACUUUUACGCCACAGCCCUCAGCACCUUGCUGUUUUGUUUUGUUGAGAGUGUUAUUCGAUAAAGGUGAAAUGUGUUAUUGUUUCUUGCUUUUUUCGGGGAUACCUUUUCGUGCAGUAUUUUAUUGUCAGUUUUUUUUGGUCUCAGCACACAACAUUCUAGUCGCUUCACUCGACCGGUGCGUCGCUUGUUGAACCAAUGCUCUAUGUAAACAUCACUCACCACAAAAAGUCACCUCUUUUUUCGCCCUUCACCCCCAAAAAACUGAAUCAUAAGAAACAGUAAAAGUUUGAUGAUUUGAAGCACCCCUAAACGUUUGCACCUUCCAUCCGUAUCUGAUCAUCUUUAACGACAAAAGACGUUCUGCUGCGUUCGGUAGCACAGAAAAAAGGGGGAGCAACAACUGCAAACAUAUGGGGACAAACAAUCAGCCCAUCAAACAGGCACACAUGCACACGCACACUAGUGUGCUCGUGUGCAGAUAUACGAAUAAAACAUGCAACCUGGGAAGACUGCUUGCUCCCUCGGCAUUCUCCAACACAAACAAACCGUCAUAAUAAGCAACAAAAAAAAGCAACUUUACGCUUCUGACUACGCCAACAACAGGCGGCAGGACUGGGUGACUUUAUGAGCACAAUCAAUGGGCCUUAAAAUUUAUGCAAAUAAGCUCUGACAUUCAAGCAUUUUCCGCUUUUCUGUCUUUGUGUGCGCUUGCUAUUUGUUACGGUUUGCGCGCUGUUUGUGUGUCGUUUAUACAUACGGCUUUCGAAACAGCUGCGGUUGAUGCUUGCACAUAAUCAGUGGAAAACGAGGUUUUUCUUUUACUACUACUUUCAAAGACACAAAUCGUGCGAUCGUGAGGAUGGAAAACCUGGAGUGGAAAAUUUUAAAGAUACUUUGCCUUUUAACGUUUUUUUUAUGCUACCCUUGCUCCAGCAAAGCAAUGCAUUUAGAUAGAAGACAAAGGCACACACUUUUCCCCGGGGAAUGUGAUGGAGACGCCUGGUGCUCUGUGUGAAUAUGUUUUAACGCACGCAAUAAUGGCUUUGGAACGUGCAAAAAGAGCAACCUUAAGCCCGGUAUGUGGUAUGCAGUAAAUGAGACACUAUUACGCACACAAUGCAACACAUGUGAUGAAUAGCUUUCCUUUUGUUGGUUGAAAUAAUCCUCCCAUGCAGGAGGGGUCCAUCUUAAUCAUUUUCUUUGGAAUGUGGUUUUGACAUCGUACCGAUUGCACACACAAAGAAGGGUGUUGUUUUGUGCAAGUUCAACAGCCCAUUUGUUUCACUCGCUACAACUCCUUGUGAAAGGGACUCUUCGCUCAAUGUCAAAGUGUUGCUGAUUGAUUGGGACCAGACCUGCUGCUGCUGCCGCCGCCGGCUGCCUUUCGGUUCAUCAAUCGAGGCGUCGAGAUGCUGUAGUGGAAAAAGGUAAUGGAAAGUGAUAAUCAUGUGUUAAUGUUGCACCUUGCUGUGCCGAACGAGUGCCAGCUUUCGGUAAUGGGAUUGUGCCGGUUUAAGUAAGACGUUAAUGCCCCCUUGCACACAGUCCCUUGCGGGUGCGUGAUUAAUAUGGUGGUGAUUUCAUGUGCCGGUACAAGAUUGAACGGUUCGGAGAUAACUGAUGGACCGCACACACACAGCUUUUGCUUUCUUUGAAUAAAUAAAUCAGUCUGGGUGUGUGAAAGAUUCCCUGCUAUUUAUUUCACUACACCAUUGAGCUGCUCAGUACAAUACACUCUUCAGCCGUCCCCAAUAAUAAUUCCUCCACGUGCGCCUCAACGCUUCAACCAUUGGAACACACAGAAACACAUACACAUGCACACAUUCGUCUGCCAACGGAGUGGCUUCAACGUGCACGCUACAAUAUAAGCAUUACUUCUCACUUUGAUUGAUCUGUGAUUUAUAUUAAGCAAACAGCAAUGCAUUCGCAACGUCGGCCCGCUACUAGCACGCAAGCAUUAAGUUCUGUGACAACUGUGCACUUGUGGUACUCUUUCGCAAAAUGGGAAUGCGACUGUAAAUAACUCACCAACCGCUAGCAAAUACACUCAUCGCCGAUACGAAAGUAAUAUCUAUUUUAUUACACGCUGCGCUCUAUCAUUCUGCUAAUGUAAGCAAGCGUGUCUAAUGGUGGAACAAAAUAUGAACGUUACAAACAGCAUUGUGCAACGUUGGUUGCAUACUGCUAAGGAAUCGAUAAGCUACAGCUACACCCUGAUGCAAACCCAACGCAUAGCUACUUAUACAUAACAUGAUACUACCACUCAACACAUUAAGCAAUGUUACAAACGAACAGUAAGAAUAGUUUCAUUACGUACCUAUCAAAGCUAUCAAGAGAAAUCACCAAUACAAGCAAGCAAGCACACAUACAGAAAAACCAUUAUGCAACACGAUACUUAUAACGCAUCCUCACAAGGGAUGAACACUUACAGCAAAAGAGGCUUCAGGUUCGGUUUUAUUCGUAAAAUAUACUUCUCUGAGUGUGAAUAAUGUGUGAACAAAAAAGGAGCAACAAAAAACGGAAGACAAAAAACGGUGGAAGGAAAACUAAUAGACAAAACGCAAGAGGGAAAAAAGCAAAAUUAAACAAUAACGCUACACAAGUAUUGUAAAACAAAUAUCAAUUGUUCUUCGAACUUUAAUUGAUAGUUUAAAAGUAAAGCAAACAAAAAAUCCACAAACUUACAAGGGAUUAUUAGGAAGAUCGAUUGGAACAAAACAAAAAGUAUAUUUGUACGGACAAAGUAUGUAAGGCAAACACAUAACACAACAUUGAACAUGAUUCUCAUGGAUUGCGAGGGCACAUUUGCUAGGAUACAACAAAUAAAAGCAUUAAACAAUAAACAAAAAACCACAAGUAAUAUUAACACUCAUGUCAUUAAUAAUAUGCAUUUGAUAAAAACGAUACUGAAAAUAAAAGUUGUACAUUUUCUUUCCGUUUUGUUAUGCAGAUCAGCUCUAGAAAUCAGUAUCGAGUAAGUGAAACGAAUCAAAGCGAUUAGAACAAAAAUAUAACAAAGAAUUGUCUUGCACAAAGUGGUUGGCUCAGUGAGCAAUGUUGAGAAUGUUGUAUAUAGCGUAAGCAAAAGGCGAGCAAAAGAAUAAGCAAAACGGAACAAAAAUGUGUCUGUAUUGCAGGAGCAAGAUAAGCGAUGCACUCAAAUACAAUACACAAACACACACGCUAGCUAAACGUGUUUUGCGUUCUUAUUUUUUUCCCGUACUCGGUUACUUGACUAGAAUGGCAAAAUAAAUAAGACAAAGCAAACGUUUUUAAACAAGAAAUGUUAUUACAAAAGAUAUCAGCUUGCUAAUAUAUACUAUUUAAAUCUUAAUUCACUAAUCGUAAGACAAAAUUAAACCAAUGUUACAAAAAGGCGAACAAAACAAGCAGAGCAUGUUAAAGGAAGAAAAGGAAACACAAACUGAAACGGUCUGAGCGUGAGUGGUUUCUUGGUGCGAUGAAAAGGUCACGCGGCACAAACGAAUCGAAACUAUCACAAGCAUACACUAAACAUAUGUAAGGUCCAAAGCGAAGUGAAAGAAGAAGAAGAGAGAGAUAAAACCAUACCACACGUAAUCAAGAAAUACAUAUUUUAGAACAUACAUAAAACUACACAAAACAACUAAAAAUCCAAAAUCACUACGCUGCUAAGAGAGUGCAAAACAGAGCCAUACUAACAUAAAUACAAUCUGUUGUACAACCAAAGGUGGAACACAAACCAACAGACAUGCAAAACAUUAAAAAAACACAACAACAAGGGCACCGAAAACGGAAACGCAUAACCUGAAGAGAGAAAAAAACACAAAACUACUGUAAUACUUAAAGAAAAGCAAAGAAAAGUGGAAGCACACUUCCGCACCAAAAAACAAGUAAACGAUUGUGCAAAAAAUAAUGAAACAAAAUGAAUAA